UGGGACCAAAAUCCGCGGUCAGUUGCAGAAUUGCGCACUAGGGGCGCGUUUGAUGCCCUGGAAAUGUACUGUUCAAUACGAAAUAAAUUCCAAAUUUUAAAAAUUUUUUCAAUGAAUCAAACGUAGAAAUAUUUUUUGUAAGGUUGGAUGGAUUUUCGGAAACAUAUUUGCUGGUGGAAACAUAUUUCCGGAACCAAAAAAAUGCCCGUUUGAGAGAGGAAGAAAGAGGGGAAAGACACAAAAUUGUGCUCCAAGGGGAGUCGAAGGGGAGACGAAGAGGGGACAGAUCGAUUGGCAAUGGCGAUGAGGAACGGCAACAGUGGCAGUAGCAGCGGCAACAUUGGAAGUAGCAGCGGCAGCCUCUCUUUCCUUUGUUAGUCUCUUUCUCCCUGCCACUCUGUUUCCACAUCCUCAAUUGCCAACACCAUCGAUUUCAUCGCUGCCAAUGUGCCGGAGAACCAAUUUUCCGGUGAAAUAGCGGAAAGAGGCAGACCCAUUUCGAGUUUCGGUGUGGCCGGUGGCGCAUGCGGAUCAGGCGACGUUGGGCUUCUAUUAAGGGCUUGCGCGAGGACCAUCAUUCGAUCUUCUUCUUCGUCCCCUUUUCUCCGACUACCAUCCUCUGCUCGGUUUGUCAAUUCCGACUCGACGGCACGUCUUGGCCUUAGGUUCCCAGAGCAUGAGAACGCCGUUGAAUAAGAGCAGAAAUGAGAAGAAGAGGGAGGCGAAGCGUGCAGUCAAGUGGGGGAUGGACCUCGCGCAAUUCCCACCUCCCCAGAUCAAGCUGAUACUGAAGGCGGCUGCGCUUGAACAAGAGGUUUUUGAAGCUCUGAUGCUGGCGAAGGAAAUGGAAACUUCUGAAGGUUCUUUCAGAGAUGAAUUGGACAAGGUACAAACUACAUGGGAGAAUAGGCGAUCUGCAGAAGUGGUAGAAGUAGAAACCAAUUCGGUAGCCAUUGAGAGAACUGAUCUUGCUGGUACAUCUUCUGCGGGCGAUUUAGAGAAGAAGAAAAUUGAGCUGGUUGACUUCUCACUUCUGAGCCACUACUAUCCCAUGCCAAUACUGCAGGGAAAUCCAGUUUUUCAUUUUUUUCCUUUUUCCUUCAGUUAUUUUUGUUUUUGUUAGAAAAGGACAUGCCAUUGCAGGUUUUUUCUCUAUUUGGUAUAGAAUUAAACUAAAAAUUAAUUUUCUAGAAAUCUAGAAGUAUAUUUGUGUACCAUCAAACUCAGAAAUAUAUUUCUGAAAAUAUAUUUUUUAGUCACACACACCAAAAUUGAAAUCGAAAAUAUAUUUUCCGUUCACUUUUUCCAGGAAAUAUAUUUCCAAUUCCACAUUUUAAGGCCAUCAAAAGGCCCUAAAUGAUUUCUCAAAACCUAUAUGCUUGGUUUCAUAGCAAAGACCAGUAUCCACACAAUGGUGGUCUCUCCAUGGCGUCCGCUCAUCCGAGCAAAAGAAAGAGCCGGAAGUAGUAGGUUCCAGGAAAGAAUGUCCAGCAUUCCUCUCUUCCUAGGCUGACGAUCCAAAUCUCUGACGAGUAACAAUGUAACCCAUCUCUGCGGCCUUCCUCGCAGAUGCGUUCCUCUCUCUAGCCCAAUCGGCAGCUGCUUCUUCCCUGGCUGCCCUUCUGAUCCUCGUUCGACGAUCUAUUCCCCUCCUCGUAAGACAUGACUCUCUUCCAAUCCUACUCUGAAGAUGGCGGAAUGCCCAACCAAGAGAAGUACUCUUUCUGAGCAACUAGCAAUGUGGGCUGCAACAAGACUGCAUCGAUCACAAUUGUACCCAUCCUAAGGCUAGCGAAUGGGCGCAGGAGAACUCUUCCCUGUGAGGACCGAUUGAGCAAGACUGCAAGCUAAUGCUCAGUGGAUAAACCUGGCGAACUUUGCCGAGAUCCAAUGCCCUCUGCAGGUGAUCGGUUAACGACGCAGCGACAGCAGGCAAGAGACAGUCCUCGACAAAUUACUAAGUUUGAGUAAAGUCCUGUGAAUUAACUUUAAACCCAUGAUUUAGAAAAUGUUUCAAUUGUUAUAAGAUCUAUAUAUAAAAGUAAAGAAAAGUUA